UUGUCACAGUGUUUAAAUCUCAACAAUGUAGGUUAAACAUUCACAUGAUUCUAUCACUAUGAUUUAAAAAAAAUAUAUAUUUUAAGAUUUUGUUGUGGCAAAGUUACUGUGAAGUGAAUAAGAAUGUGUGUUUUGUUUUGAAUGAAUGGGCCAAGUGAAAGUGAAAAGAAUUUAAAAUCACGAUUCACAAAUAAAUUUUGUUGUGACUGACAACUGUCAAUGACAAUCGAUUGAUUGUCGUGGCAAAAGGGCGUGUUUUGCUGAAGUGACACAAGCGUCAAGAAUAUCUUCAUCAGUGACAGAAAAUAAAGUAAAAAUGGAUCCAGUACCUAUUGUACAGAAACUAUUGUCAUCUGCCGAAAAAUGUAAACUUUGUAUUCAAGGAAAAUUGGUUGUUGACUGGACCAGAACUGAUGUGUAUCUUGCUCUGGUAGAAAACAAAGGAGACUGUGCAUUGUUCUUAUAUACAAGUAAAAGAAUACCAUGUUUCUCUAGUGAUGAUCUGAGUGUAGACUCUGUGAUUCCUGUGGACCAGAACCUUCGCUUCAUGGCUUCAGGUGUUUCACCAUCAAGACAAGGACAGGAAAACAAAGAUUUUUCAAUGCGGUUGGAGUGUUUAGAAGAAACGCUGGUGCUAGAACUCCCUCAGAUGCAAACAACACAGCAGUUUCUUGCAGAGUUGAAGCACAUGAAGGAUGUCCAAGCACAGAUUGCAGGAUUUGGCGUACCAUCACAGUUCACCUGGCUAGACAAGUAUCGUGGCAGCUGUGUAGAUAAACAGGAAGAAAAUACUAACGUUGAAGACAAUCCAUUUGCAAAGGAUGUGUUUAAGCCCCCCUCUAAACCAAAUAUUGAAAGCAACAAUGUAGGUGCUGGCAUUUCGGAAGCAGGAACACAGUGGUUUGUUGACAACCACAUGGACGUACUCAGUCCAAUGACCAAGAGUACAAGCAGAGAUUCUCUUGAUGAUCUGGACAAAGAUACCGAGGUUGAGGAACUGGGUAAGAUUGAGCAGUCACUGGGGCUUGGCUCUGGAAUGGAGCUACCAGUGGGCCAGAAACCUGUAACAACAAGAGAGGCAUUUGUGAGACGCUACAUGAUCAAGAGAGAGGAGGAAUUCACAGAUAUUUACACCUUGAAGGUUUUUUGUGGUACCUGGAAUGUCAAUGGUCAGUCUCCAAAGGAAGGUUUUAAAGAAUGGCUGUGUUUUGACGAGGAACCACCAGAUAUAUAUGCCAUAGGCUUUCAAGAGUUAGAUCUGAGUAAAGAAGCUUUCAUCUUCAGUGAUUCACUGAAAGAAACAGAAUGGCAGAAAGCUGUCAAAGAAUAUAUUCAUCCUAAUGCAAAAUACAGAAAAGUAAAGUCGAUCCGCCUGGUGGGCGUUCUGCUCAUCGUGUACAUCCAGGAGAAACACGUCAAACAUGUGCACUUCAUUGACGCUGACAGCGUGGCAACGGGAAUCAUGGGAUUAAUGGGAAAUAAAGGAGGUGUGGCGAUUAGGAUGUCCCUGUAUAAUUCAUCUAUUUGUUUUGUCAACUCGCAUCUAGCCGCUCACAUAGAGGAGGUCGAAAAAAGAAAUCAGGACUACAGAGAUAUUGAAAGCAAGAUCAGGUUCAAACAGUUUGUUCCACCACUGAUGAUAUCGGAGCAUGAUCAGGUUUUCUGGAUGGGUGAUCUGAACUAUCGACUGACUAGCCAUACCUGGUCACUAAGUGAGGUCAAGACGAUGAUCACGAAGGCACUGUAUGGAAAACUCAUGCAGUAUGAUCAGUUGCACGUACAGUUACACAACACGUCAUUUGAUGUGUUCCGUGGUUACACUGAAGGGAACAUAAUAUUCCAGCCCACAUAUAAAUAUGACCCAGGAAGUGACACGUAUGACACAAGUGAUAAGGCCCGAUUCCCAGCAUGGUGUGACCGAGUGCUGUGGAAGGGAACUCCCAUAAAGCAGCUACGCUACGACUCACACAUGAGUUUGAAAAUCAGCGACCACAAGCCAGUCAGUGCCUUGUUUGAUGCUGGGAUCCGUGUGAUAGACCAAGAAAAAUCUAAGAAGGUCUAUGAAGAUGUGAUGAAGAAAUUAGAUAGAAUAGAAAAUGAGUAUCUUCCUCAAGUUAAACUUGAGCGUCUAGAGUUUGUUUUUAAGGAUGUGAAGUUUUUAGAAUUGAAAACUCAGUCAUUAUCAGUUGCAAAUAUAGGACAGGUUCCAGUAAAUUUAGAGUUCAUCAACAAGCUGAAUGACGAGACAUUUUGCAAACCAUGGCUGAGGGUAUCCCCAUGCAAACACAUUCUACUUCCAGGAGAGUCGUGUGAAAUUGCUUUUGAGGUUUAUGUUGACAAGACAACAGCAGCCGAUCUGAAUAAAGGCAUUGAACAACUGGAAGAUAUUCUUGUCCUUCAUCUGGCUGGUGGGAAAGACUUCUUCAUGACCGUGAGCGGCAAUUACAUCCCGAGCAGCUUCGGAUCUUCCAUUGAAGCCCUUGUGCAGAUGCAUGGACCAAUCAGAGAGGUUCCAGUAGCUGCCCUGAUAGAACUGGGUCAUCAAGGCAGUAUAGAUAGACCAGAAGCAGAAAAACGACUGUAUCUGUGUCCUAAAGAAGUCUACAGAAUGGUGAACCACCUAUACGAACAUGGAAAAGAUGAAGCAGAACUUUUUAAGCAACCCGGGAAACCACAGGAAAUCCGAGACAUAAUAGACUGUCUUGACACUGGAGUGCCUGACAAACUGAGUGGAGGUGUCCAUGCUGUAGCGGAGUGCUUGCUGCUGUUCCUGGAGUCGCUCGCAGACCCUGUGAUACCGUUCAGCUGCUACCAGCAGUGCCUCGACUACAGCCACAACUUCCAGUUGUGUAAACAGUUGUUGACAAAAAUACCCGAGUGUCAUCGGAAUUUGUUUAAAUAUAUAUGUGCAUUCCUUCGAGAGUUAAUGAUUUACAAUCAUCAUCUUGAUGCAAAGUUUCUCUCCACCCUGUUUAGUGGAGUGCUGAUACGGUCACCAACGGAAACCAGAGUCACCACAGACAAACGGCGAAAGAAAAUGGAAGAGGAGAAGAAAGCAAUGUUCAUCCAUCAGUUUCUGACCAAUGAGUAUGAUGACUGAGAUGAGAAUAUCAGGGUUUUUUCAGAUUCUCUCCAUCAACAAAACGGUUGUGAUCUCUUUGAUAAUGCCAUCAGUAAUGGGGUGCACACUCCUCUUUAACAAACAGCUUUGCUCUUGAUGUGCUGAACAGUGUUUUAGAUAAUAGUUUUCCAGGCUGUGAUAUUAGGCUUUUAUAUAUUAUGUAUAUAUUGAUGAUACACUAGCUUUGAACGAAUGCAGCCAGUAAAGGACAAAUCCAGCAAGCGAUGACUAUUGGUGGAUGGAUCUUGCCAAGUUCCUGUGAUCAGCGUAACCUACACGUACUUACUUAUCUAAGGUCCAGUUUGGACCCAUAGGUGUCACCAUAUGUUUCUGUAUUUGGAAUGUAAGAAUAUUUAACAGAGAAGUAGAACUGCUAUUAGAUGUUGUAAGCAUAAUGGUAUGAAUGUUUUGGUGAAAUGCCUACUGGUCAUCUCCAUGAUCGGGAAUUUCUGAACAAAUACCAUACUAAAUUGUAGUUUUGGCUUUAUGAACUUUAGUGAUGAUUAUCACUAAAAAUGUAAUGCUAUGUCUGCUAAAUCUAUAGUAGAAAACAUGUGCAAGUUUCCCUUCAUCGUGUGUCCUCUGGACUAAUUGGUCAUCUUAAAAUCCAAGUAUUGUUCUUCUGGUUGACACUAGCAGUUUCUUACUGAGAAUAUUCACUUUGUUACAUACUGGCAUGUUCUUGAAUGUCUUCAUACAUACAGAACCUCAAGAAAGUGAUACAUCCUGCUGAAUCAUCUUGGUGUAUGACAAUUCAGAACACUUCAGCGGAUCGAUCAUGAACGUUAGCAUUUACUCGGUGCUGGUUGAUUUUUCAUGAUGAGAUGUGAAAAACAAAACAACGUUAUUUCAGGCAAAAAACAUUUAAUAUUGUUGCGAGGACCAAGCAUCCUUGAAAAUCUUAAUAUUUAGUCUGUGGGGAAUUGGACAUGUUUAAGUUUAUGACUAAAUGUCAAUGUAUAGAAGUGACCAUCAACCAGAGUUCAGUAUCCAACUGUUAUGACAGUAAAUGUAGCAAGCUGUUAAAUGGUUAUCACUAUCAGCAACUGAAUUGUUUGUUGUUAUAUACCACUCCCCGUUGAUAGAACACUGAAAUGUUGUGCAUUAACUUUUUUUUAACACCAUGCUUGAUAUCGAUGGUAAUUGAAUAUUGGCUUUCUGGACCAUUUGAAUGGCACUUGCCAAGACACAAUGCACUGUUGAAAGCAUUCAUAAAAACAUGAAUUUUUUUUUGCACCCAUUGAAACAGAUGCUUCAUUGUGCUAUAGUUGAGGUCACUAUAAUUCUGCUGAGGUUAACUAGCUCCACACGGUAUCAAACAGCAGGUUUUAAAACUUUGAGGCCUAGUUACAAAGCACUCUAAGGCAACCGUACAUCAUUCUUCAAGUCUUUUUGCAUUGCACUACGAAAUCGCAAAGUUGCGGGAGAUUAGUGAACUAGGCCCCUGAACAACAAACCACAUUUGAUCAUUUCUUGUAUCUAUAAAAGCACCUUUUGGGGGUCCUUUUAGUUGGCUUUCCGUUUCUUCAAUGAAUGAUCUACCAAGCACGUCUUCAACCAUGACAGAAAAAGGAUACUGUUGUAGUAUAUGGGGCCAAAGGUAUAGUGAAUUAUUGCAUGAUAGUAACACACAUAUGUUUCUGUGAAACAAUGUAAGCAUAAUUAAUUAUAAUUGUAAUGUUUGAAUCUCGUAUGUUAAAUGUAAUGUGAAUGUGUGAGAGUGGCAGGUUGCAAGUAACCCUUAAAAUGGGUGGAUACAGAUAUCUUAUAUUGGCUGUAGAUCAAUUACUGAUGCUGUCAUAUUAAACAGAAACAGGUUAAGCUCAUACAGCAUAUACCAUAUUGUAUCUGGAAUUGUCAUGUGAUGUCACCUUGCAUAUUUAAUUACUUUUUAGAUAAAUAGUUGUCCAUCUCACUAUACUAAUAUUGUACGUGUGUGUUAUAUAUAUUUUAUUUAUGAUACAUAUACCAUGUUCUACACAAGUUAUUAUGCAAGUACAUGUCUCUAAUUUUCACAGUUGUAGACCCGUGACAUUAAUUGUCUCAAUGAAGAUGAUUUUGACGUGGGUGACCAUACACUUAAAUCAUAAUGGAAAUUGGCAGUGGAAGGCUGGUUAUGAACGGUCAGGAAACUCCAGGCACUUACUGCUUUGGACAGUUUUGGAAUGAUAGAUGUUUUUAUCAAAUAAGACAUUUUAAACACAUUUUUGUAUCAGUUUGUUAGAUGGAGAGAGGAGCAUAUCUUCAACUCUUCAAUGGAUCUGAACACUGAGGUGUUUUACACAUCUUAAUCCAUGAAUAUUAGGUUAGAAUAUCCUUUUUUGUUUCUUUUUUUUAAAUACUUUACAGCCAUGGUGUGUGUGUUAAUUUAAUAUUUUUUUAGAUCUUGUUCCUACACAGUGGAGCAUCAUAACCGAUACAAUAUUUGUUGAUUUUGUACUACUUAAAAAGUUUCUCAGUUGUUGAAUCUAAUUUUAUACCAACAAAUCUUCGUUUUUAAAAAUUAGUAUAAUUUUAUUUAAAAACAUAUUUUGGUGUUUUUACAUUAAAUGUUGGUCAUUUUUUUGUUUGCCUUUGCUUUUUAGUUCCUGUUUUGGAAUACUGAUAAAACAACUUGUCAUCAGCGUGAAUGAAAAAUAUCUAAAGUCUGACAUAUUUAAUACUUUUAUUAGGUCCUGUUAACAGACAGAAAUUGAUCAAAGACUUUAGCUCAGAAGAUAUAUAGGUGAAAAUGGGUGCUUGAUUAGUGGCAAUUGCUACUUACCUGUCUGUCAUUAAUUUAAUUUAAAUGACAGGGCCAUAUCUUUACACAAUGCAGAGUCGAAUGAACAUUUGGCAAAAUAGUAGACGAUUCCAUGAAUCUCUAUCUAUAGUCCAGAAAUUUUUGUUUUUUGGGUAAAUAAUUUCAGUUUUUGAUGUACAAAGAAAAGUAAAGGUGUUUUGGAAAUAAGAAAAAUAGACUAUUUUUGUGUCCAAUUUAAAGUAACAAUCUGCUCAGAAAUAAAUAACUUGUAGUAAAUUCCAUAGAAUGAAAAAGGCUUUUACCUAUGGGACGGACUAUAGUGCGUUGUCAGUAGGAGGACAGCCACACCCAAGGAGAUUGCAUCCUUGUUGCGCCACACAGGAUAGGUUUCUUUAUGGCUAUAGUCGGGGUUUUUUUCAGAUGAUUGGAUGAUGUAACAGAUUUUACAGCAAGAAAACAACCAAGCAUCCCUGUACUAUCUAGGUUGUAUUCAGAUCUCAAGUGUAAGGUAUAGGUGCAUGUAUAUAGUGUAUGGUAUGAUACGAUUUAUUAUCAAGAAAGAGGCCAAACAUUCACAAAACACGCACCUUCAUCUGCUGCUUUGACAUCACAAAUCACAUGUACUUGGAGAACAGGCCUGGUGCUUAUAAAACUUUUAGAGUCUAGACUCGAGACUAAUGGAGUCUGAGACAGUAAUAUCAUGACAACGCCAUACAAAUUGUAUGUGUUUGACGUCAUUGGAGAUUGAGUCUGGACUCUUAAACGUUUUUAUUAGCACAGGUCCAGGUCAUUGUUAAUUAAUUUUACAAAUCAGUUUUAUGUUUAAAAUUUGUUUUUCAGUUCAUAUUAUUUUUACAACACUGGUGCCAAAUUCUACUAAUUAGACACUUUCCAUUUGUGACAUUAAUAUCAGACCUCGCCAUUUAAGAAGAGCUACCGGUCUGGGUCUCCAUCACUUCUCUAAAACUUGUAAAGUGCUUGCUUGAUGCACUUUCGAUUUGAGACUGAUCCCUGUUGGUGACCCAUUGGGCUAUUUCUUGUUCCAGCCAGUGCACCACGACUGAUAUAUCAAAGGCUGUGGUAUGUGCUAUCCUUUCUAUGGGAUGGUGCAUAUAAAAGAUCCCUUGCUACUAAUAGAAAAA